AUGGACUUUUUAUUCAGAGGUCUAAAUGAGGAUCCCGCAUCUUCUCAGCUAGACAUCCAAAGGUGUCCCUUUUUGAGAAACAUUAAUGAGCCCACUAGUUUUUCGCUUUCCUCAUCCAUGCCUUUCCCAAUGCCUGUACGCACGGUUAAGGGUCCAAUUUUUGAAGAUGGUCCCAAUUUUGACAUGGCUUUUAGGCUAUUCCAUGGACAAGAUGGAGUAGUCCCACUUUCUGGAAGAUCAUUCUCGCGCUUUGAGAAAGGAGAAGCUCAACCCACUGUACCCGAAUUCAAUCCUUUAGCUGCAAAGGCAGCCACCAUCAGUCUUUCAUCCUUUGGAGCUGGGGGACCCUUCAGUUUUGAUGCGUUUUCUAAGAAGUGGAAUAAUCAGAAGAAAAACUCCAAUUCAUCCAAGAAAGGGCCGUCUUCACAGGGAGGACAAUCUAAUCACGAGGCAUUGAGCAAUGAGUGGCUGCAAACCGGAAACUGCCCUAUUGCGAAAUCUUAUCGGGCAGUUAGCAGUGUCUUGCCACUAGUAGCGAAGGUUCUGAAACCCCCUCCAGGCAUGAACUUCAAGUGCCCACCUGCAGUGGUUGCAGCCCGAGCAGCUAUAUCACGAACUGCCUUUGCAAAGAAUCUUCGGCCACAACCCUUGCCCGCGAAAGUACUUGCGAUUGGGAUGUUGGGUAUGGCAGCAAAUGUUCCUUUAGGAAUAUGGAGGGAGCACACUAAAAAAUUUUCACCAUCAUGGUUUGCUGCUGUCCAUGCUGCAGUUCCAUUCAUAGCCAUGCUUAGGAAAUCCAUAUUGAUGCCAAAGUCAGCUAUGGCACUUACCAUCGGAGCAUCUAUAUUAGGACAGGUUAUUGGAUCAAGGGCAGAGCGAUACCGGCUGAAGGCAGUAGCUGCCAAGGGAAUGCCUCUUGCCGAAAUUCCUGCCAGUAGCUCCAGUCAGUUGCAAGUUGUUGCUGUUAAGAGUGGACAUUGCGGUUCUCUGGUGGAGUAUCCAGUUUCCCUUCAAAUGGCAGGGAAUUCCUCAUCAGCAACAGACGUAUUCUGCUAA